AUGGUUUUGGAGAGGGAAAGUAACCAAACCCAAACCCAAACCCAAACCCAAACCCUAAAUAAUGAUCAAAGUGAGAUUAGUGAUGAUGCACAAGGGAAUUGGUUAACCCUAGGGUUGAUUACAGAUGAGGCAAAUCGUGGUGGUACGAUUAAGACUUUUAAUUGCAGUUUUUGCCAAAGAAAGUUUUUCAACUCACAAGCACUAGGUGGACACCAGAAUGCACACAAGAGAGAGAGGGGGGAAGCUAGAAGGCAUAGACUGCUGAUGAAAGAAAUUGGAUUAGCAACCUCGGGUUCACCUCAAGUGGUUGGGCCGCUUGGGAUUCAGCCACAUUCACUCAUUCACAAAUCGGUCAGCAGAGAGAGCUUGAUACUGAGUGCUUCUCGGUUUAAUGAUCUCAACUGUGGGUUCGGACCCACAUGGUGUGGAAAUGCAUAUAGGCCCGGAGAAGUAAUGCCGGGUUUGGUUUGGCCUGGAAGUUUUCACACUCCAAAACCUCAGCCUAGCAAGGAACUCAUGAACCAUAACGAGAUUGACUUGAAUCUUAGUUUAUGA